CUACUGCUGCAAGCAAUGCCAGGUUCCAGGCUAUGUGAAAGCUUGUUAAGCAGCAAGAUGAGCAAUGAUGCUUUUGAUGAACAGAUACUAACCGAGAAGCUGUCAAAACUCAACAAUUCACAGCAAAGCAUCGAAUAUUUGUCUCGAUGGUGUAUUACUCACCGGAAGAAGGCAAAACAAAUUGUUGAAACGUGGGAUAAAUUAUUCAACUCUUCUCAGAAAGAACGGCGUGUUUCCUUUCUGUAUUUGGCUAACGACAUAUUGCAAAAUAGCAGACGGAAGGGAAGUGAAUUUGUGAAUGAAUUCUGGAAAGUUCUUCCUGCAGCCCUCAAACAUGUGUACGACAAUGGUGAUGAUAACGGAAAGAAAGCUGUAACCAGACUGAUUGACAUAUGGGAAGAAAGAAAAGUUUUUGGCACUCGAGGGCAGAAUCUUAAAUCUGAAAUACUCAGUAAGAGUCUCCCACCACCGUUUGUGAACAAUGGAAAAAGCUCAAAUCCUAUCAAGACAGUGAAGAGGGAUGCUCGUGCAGUGAGAAUCAAAUUAGCUGUUGGAGGUCUUCCUGAAAAGAUACUAAGUGCAUAUCAAUCUGUUAUCGAGGACAAUUCAAAUGAGGAUACUGCUUUAAACAAAUGCAGUGCUGCAGUACAGAACUUGAUUAAAAUUGAGGAAAAUGUUGGAAGUAGUUUAGCUCAAGGGAAUCAGAAUGGAUCUGCUUUGCUGCAUGAGCUAGAGCAGCAAGAAAACGCAGUCCAACAAUGCAUUGAACAACUUGAAAAUGUUGAAACAACAAGGGCUGCCUUGAUUUUCCAACUCAAAGAAGCACUUCAAGAACAAGAAUCAAAGCUAGAGCUUAUUCACAGUCAGCUGCAAGUUGCUCGUGGUCAUAUUGAGAAAUCAAGCAAUGUAAGGAAGAUCCUUACUUUACCCGCUGGCUCUAGCCAUCUAACUGCUACAUCUAUCCCAACAGCAGAGGCUAUGGCCGUGAUUGAACAGAACAUUCCUUCAGUUCAGCCAACCGGCACUCCUCAUCUUCCGCAACCUAUGAUUUCCUUUGCACCUUCAAAAACAGCUGAAGAAGAUAGCAAGAAAGCAGCUGCUGCUGCUGUUGCGGCUAAGCUUGCUGCUUCAACAUCUUCUGCUCAGAUGCUUACCUCUGUACUUUCAUCCCUUGUUGCUGAAGAAGUGGCCAGGUCCAGUGGGUUUGCAUCGGGAUUAUCAAUGUUUCCUCCAGAAAAGCGCCCCAAACUUGAGAAACCAAUGCCUGUGUCCAAUGUAAGCAAUUUGGACAUUGGCAGUGCAUCUUAUCUUGGCCAGCAACAGCAGCAGCCAAUCAACAACAUGGAACUUGCAUCAUCAAAUGGCAUGCAAUCGGUGUCCCAAGGCAACCUGAUUCAAACUCCGAUGACUUCCGCUUCUCCUGCCACUCCCCCUCCACCACAAUCUCCUUCAAGUCAAUACAUGCAAUCGAGUGGUAUGAUAGGAGGGGUAAUGCCUUAUAGUUAUGGAACAAAUGCACUGCCACCUCCACCUCCUCUUCCCCCACAUAUGGCAAUGAAUUUAGUUAGGCCUGCUUAUCAGCCUCUACAGCCGCCACAACCACAAUCUCAGCCUCAGCAGCAACCGACCACUGGAGGAUUUUACCGGCCACCAGGCAUCGUGUUUUAUGGGCAAAACCCUCAGUCAACACCACCUGUACCUAGACAGUGAGCUACAUGGUGGCAUCAACGGCAAACCCAUUGACAUUAUAUUUCCUUGAAAAUUAUGGAGGCUGAGAUGGCCAUGUAUAAUGUAAAUUAGUUAGAGAAUUAUUAGGCUUUUGUUGUGUUAGACUUGAAAUCAGAGCAUGACCAUGCAUGC